UGCCCAGUUCCCCGGCGUCGCGCGGUUGGGGACCCGGAUGCGGGCGUGCUCCGCGAAGAGGGGCCCCUGCUUUAUGAUCGCGGUGCAACCCGUGGGCUGGUCUUUUCGGUGGCGGAUCCUGAGUGUGGCAGAAUGACUGAGUGGGAGGGUGUGCCCGCAGUCGCAGAGACCCCUGAGAUCAAACUCUUUGGCAAAUGGAGCACGGACGAUGUUCAGAUCAAUGACAUUUCGCUGCAGGAUUACAUUGCUGUCAAGGAGAAAUAUGCCAAGUACCUCCCGCACAGCUCUGGGCGCUAUGCUGCGAAACGUUUCCGUAAGGCCCAGUGUCCCAUUGUGGAGCGUCUGACCAACUCCAUGAUGAUGCACGGCCGGAACAAUGGCAAGAAGCUGAUGACCGUGCGGAUUGUGAAGCACGCCUUCGAGAUCAUCCACCUACUGACUGGCGAGAACCCACUACAGGUACUGGUGAAUGCCAUCAUCAACAGCGGCCCUCGUGAAGACUCCACCCGUAUUGGCCGCGCUGGCACUGUCAGGAGGCAGGCUGUCGAUGUGUCCCCGCUGCGGCGUGUUAACCAGGCUAUCUGGUUGCUAUGUACUGGGGCCAGGGAGGCUGCAUUUAGGAAUAUUAAAACCAUCGCAGAGUGUCUGGCUGAUGAGCUCAUCAAUGCUGCUAAGGGUUCCUCCAACUCUUAUGCCAUCAAGAAGAAGGAUGAGCUGGAGCGUGUGGCCAAGUCUAACCGUUAGUUUUGUAACGUCUGGGCAUCUGAAUUCUCUAAUAAAAGUGUUGAAAAGA